AGCUGGGAUCAUUUUCGCCGCGAGGAAGCCCUCUUCAAUUCUGAAGAGUCUUAUUUAAAUCAGGAACAGAGAGCCAUGUCCUCUCAAUUAUGCUGUAAUUGCUUCUAAUCUGUAUGUACAGUUCUGCUUCAAAGUCAAGAGCUGCGCCAGUUCGGACUCCCACCAACACUGCAAGAGGAUUUUUUUUUUUUCUCCACAUCUUCGUCAAUACUUGUUUCUUGCGGUUUUGAGUUUGGCCAUUACUGACAGGAAUGAGGAAAAUUCCUAUCCUCUUUUAUAAUAUCAUCAAGUAGAUAUCUGGAGAAGAAUCAAUCCUCUCUUGCAUAAAAUAAAAAAUGGCCUAUUGUUGGAAAACAGAUCUAAAUACCAGUGAAUCACAUCAAGAGCAGCAUGAGCACCAAGAAUUUCACUCUGUAAAUCAGUUCCUUUCUCCUAACCAAGUCAGUCUGGGUUUUGAUCAACUAGUAGAUGAGGUUAGUAAUAAAGUUCCACUCUAUCAGACUGACAUUGAAGAAAACACUAUUUUUGUACCCAGUGCACCAACCUGGGAUUCAAGAAGGCAUUCGUUAGAUGAAACACACCAAAUAUCGUUGAAUGAAUUAACUGCUAAAAGCUCAGAACUCUCCUGUCACCGAAUUAGGAAAACACCAGUAAUUGGUUUUAGGAGCUCUGUGCUACAAAAUCCUGAAAACACGAACAAAGGAAGCUCUUGGGGAAACCCUAUAGGAAAAUAUCAAGGUGCUGAUGAUUACAGAUUCAAUAUUUUAGCUUCAUCAUCCACUAGUUUGCAUGAAAUUAAUUCACAGAGAGAAUUAGAAAAUGAAAAUCCUAACUACCACAUAGGAUUUGAAAGUAGCAUCCCUUCUAUGUAUCCAUCUUUCUCAACUGAUUUCAUGCCAAAAGAAGAGAAUGAAAGAAGUAGAAAUAUGAACACUGUGCAACAUUCCCUGAUGCUUUUUGAAGGUUCUUUUUUACCCAGAGCCAGGGAAAGUACAUGGCCAAAGAUUAUAGAGCUGACAGGUUGUUCUUCUCAGCUAGUUGAAGUACCUCAAGGUACUAAUAAGGAUCUGGCCUCCUUCUGCAACAAAGUGAAAAAAAUAAGAGAAAUGUAUCAUGCAGCUGACAUUAAUUCUAAUUCAGGGAAGAUCUGGAGCACUACUACAGCAUUUCCCUAUCAGCUUUUUUCUAAUACUAAGUUUAAUAUAAAUAUUUGUAUUGAUAACUCAACGCAACUACUUCAUUUUAUGCCAAAUGCUAAUUACCUUGUCAAAGACCUAAUUGCAGAAAUCCUACAUUUUUGUACAAAUGACCAGUUAUUCCCUAAAGACCAUCUUCUAAGUGUAUGUGGCUAUGAAGAAUUUUUACAGAAUGAUUACUCUUUGGGGUGCCACAAAAUAUUUCAGAAAGAUAAAUCUGUUAUCCAACUUAAUCUUCAGAAAAAUGGGGAAGUGCCAGGAAAAUUAUCCCGAAAGCAUGAAGAUGACCACAGUCAGUUUUAUCUGAAACAACUUCUAGAAUUUAUGCAUAUUUGGAAAGUAUCCAGACAGUGCCUCUCAACAGUAAUAAAAAAAUAUGACUUCCAUCUGAAAUGCCUAUUGAAAACCCAGCAACAUGUAGAUAAUAUUAUUGAAGAUGUAAAAAAUAUAUGCAGUGUCCUGGGGUGUGUGGAGACCAAACAAAUUACAGAUGCUGUAAAUGAACUAAAUCAAAUUCUUCAGAGAAAAACAGAGAAUUUUCAUCAAAAUUCAGAGACUUCAGCAAAAGGCUUGAUAGAGAGAGUGACAACUGCACUAUCCAGGUCCAUCUACCAGCUUAUCAGUGUCUAUUGCUGCAGCUUUUAUGCAGAUUUCCAGCCUCUAAAUGUGCCCAAUGACAUUUCCUAUCUAAAUCCUGGGCUCCAUUCCCACCUUAGCUUCACAGUGUAUGCAGUUCACAACAUUCCAGAGACUUGGGUGCACAGCUAUAAAGCAUUUUCUUUUUCCUGUUGCCUUACAUAUGCUGGAAAGAAGUUGUGUCAAGUGAGAAGCUACAGAAAUAUUCCAUUCAAAAAAUUGUUUUUUCUCUUGGUCAACUGGAAUGAAACGAUCAACUUUCCUCUUGAAAUAAAGUCACUCCCAAGGGAAUCCAUGCUCACUAUAAGAUUGUUUGGGAUUGUCUGUGCAACCAAUAAUGCCAAUUUACUGGCUUGGACUUGUCUUCCAUUGUUUCCAAAGGACAAAUCCAUUCUUGGGUCUGUGCUAUUCAGCAUGACAUUACAGAAUGAGCCUCCCAUAGAAAUGAUAGUUCCAGGAGUGUGGGAUAUAAGCCAGCCAUCCUCAGUGAUCCUGCAGAUUGAUUUUCCAGCUACUGAGUUGGAGUAUAUGAAAUUCGAUUCUGAAGAAAAUAGAAGUAAUCUUGAAGAACCACCAAAAGAGUGUUUAAAACAUAUUGCCAGACUUUCACAGAAACAGUCUCCCUUACUACUCUCUGAGGAAAAGAAAAGAUACUUAUGGUUUUAUCGCUUCUACUGCAAUAAUGAAAACUGCUCCCUUCCUUUGGUCCUGGGUAGUGCUCCUGGAUGGGAUGUAAGAACUGUUUCAGAAAUACAUACCAUUUUGAGAAGAUGGCAAUUUUCUUGCCCUUUGGAGGCACUUGGACUUCUGACUUCUAGUUUUCCAGAUCAAGAAAUACGUAAAGUGGCAGUUCGACAAUUAGACAACCUCUUGAAUGAUGAACUACUGGAAUAUCUCCCACAGCUAGUUCAGGCUGUCAAGUUUGAAUGGAACCUUGAAAGUCCUCUGGUCCAACUCCUAUUGCACCGUUCAUUGCAAAGCAUCCAGAUUGCCCAUCGUCUUUACUGGCUGCUAAAGGAUGCACAGAAUGAAACUUACUUUAAAAGCUGGUAUCAGAAGCUGUUGGCAGCUCUUCAAUUCUGUUCAGGAAAAGCCUUGAGUGAUGAGUUUUCCAAGGAGAAGAAACUUAUUAAAAUUCUGGGAGACAUAGGGGAAAAAGUCAAGUCUGCCAGUGACCCUCAAAGACAGGAGGUACUGAAGAAAGAGAUUGGCAGACUAGAAGAAUUCUUUCAGUGUAUAAAGACUUGUCACCUUCCUCUGAACCCUGCCCUGUGUAUAAAGGGUAUUGAUCGUGAUGCGUGUUCAUAUUUCACAUCUCAUGCUUUGCCACUGAAGAUUACUUUCAUCAAUGCUAACCCAAUGGGCAAAAACAUCAGCAUCAUUUUUAAGGCCGGAGAUGAUCUUCGUCAGGAUAUGCUUGUUCUGCAGAUUAUUCAAGUGAUGGACAAUAUUUGGCUGCAGGAGGGCCUGGAUAUGCAAAUGAUCAUUUAUAGAUGUCUAUCCACAGGAAAAGGUCAAGGAUUGGUGCAGAUGGUACCCGAUGCCAUAACCCUAGCAAAGAUCCAUCGCCAUUCUGGACUGAUAGGACCGUUGAAAGAAAACACAAUCAAAAAGUGGUUCAGUCAACACAACCAUUUAAAGGCAGAUUAUGAAAAGGCCUUGAGGAACUUCUUCUAUUCCUGUGCUGGCUGGUGUGUGGUAACGUUCAUCCUGGGAGUCUGUGACCGACAUAACGACAACAUCAUGCUGACAAAGUCAGGCCACAUGUUUCAUAUUGACUUUGGAAAAUUCCUAGGUCAUGCACAAACAUUUGGAGGGAUAAAAAGGGACCGAGCACCUUUUAUUUUUACUUCAGAGAUGGAAUACUUUAUUACAGAGGGUGGGAAAAAUCCACAGCAUUUCCAAGAUUUUGUGGAGCUUUGUUGUCAAGCUUAUAAUAUUGUCAGAAGGCACAGUCGACUGCUCUUGAACCUGUUAGAAAUGAUGCUACAUGCAGGAUUGCCUGAGCUGGGUGGAAUCCAAGACCUGAAAUAUGUGUAUAAUAAUCUUCGUCCACAAGACACAGACCUGGAAGCAACAAGUCAUUUUACCAAGAAAAUAAAGGAAAGUCUGGAAUGCUUCCCUGUUAAGUUAAAUAACCUGAUCCAUACACUUGCACAAAUGACAUCCAUAAAUCCUGCUAAAUCUGCUUCACAGAAUUUUUCCCAGGAAUCCUGUAUGCUGAAUGCAACCAGGUCAAUUCAAAGAGCGACAAUUUUAGGGUUCAGCAAGAAAACUAGUCAUCUGUAUCUAAUCCAGGUGACACACAGUAACAAUGAAACAAGCUUUUCAGAAAAAUCAUUUGACCAGUUUUCCAAACUUCACAGCGAACUUCAGAAGCAGUUUGCAUCACUGACUCUCCCAGAGUUUCCUCAUUGGUGGCACUUACCUUUUACAAAUUCAAACCACAAAAGAUUCAGAGAUCUAAAUCAUUACAUGGAACAGAUAUUAAAUGGAUCAUAUGAAGUUGCAAACAGUGAUUGUGUGCUUAGUUUUUUCCUCUCUGAGCCUGUGCAACAAACAAUUGAAGAGUCAUCCCUUCUGGACCUAGCAGGUGAGAAGUUUCCUGACAAGAUGCCUAUGGUGCAGUUAGUGAUAUCACAUGAGGAUGCGAAGCUGACCAUACUAGUGAAACACAUGAAAAACAUUCAUCUCCCAGAUGGCUCUGCGCCCAGUGCACAUGUUGAAUUUUAUCUUUUACCAUAUCCCAGUGAAGUUCGUAGGAGGAAAACAAAAUCUGUUCCAAAAUGUACCGACCCCACUUAUAAUGAAAUUGUGGUGUAUAAUGAAGUCACAGAGCUCCGAGGACAUGUCUUAAUGCUUAUCGUGAAGAGCAAAACUGUAUUUGUGGGAGCAAUUAACAUCCAACUUUAUAGUGUCCCUCUCAAUGAAGAAAAAUGGUACCCACUAGGAAACUGUAUAAUUUGACCAUUUCUAUCAACCAAUGCAUUAUUCAAUAGCUACUUAUAUCUUUUUCCAUUCCUGGGCCUCUCUAUCACAAGAGCAGGACAUUUUUGUUGUCAAAGAUAGCUUAGUGUACCAAGGACACAACAUAAAGAUAUAAAAACUAGUCUUUAUAGUUAUAUAUUCUCUACUUGUGUUUCAUUCUUUUCUUAGAAUCUUAUCUUCUUAAUAAAAUGUCAAUUUAUUGUGUAAAAUUCAA